UUGUCCCCUCUUCAUAGUGCAGAAUGGGAACACCCUAGGGUGUGCUCGUUUUAUGAAAAAUACACUCCACCUGGGCGGAGAAAUAAAUGCGAACCGUGACAUUUACGCUGGGUGGGUAAAAACUAUUCAUUACACUAACCCUUGCAUCAAAACGAACACACCAUAGAUUUUCUCGACUAUGUAGGAUUUACGGAAGAGUCGUCCCAGGCGUGGCUGAGGAACUUCCGUCUUUUACAGCUCAAAAAUGACAGCGACUCUGCGCCCCUACUUAAACGCUGUGAGGGCCACCUUGCAGGCAGCCCUAUGUCUGGAGAACUUCUCCUCUCAGGUGGUGGAGCGCCACAACAAGCCAGAGGUGGAGGUCAGGAGCAGUAAGGAGCUGCUGCUUCAGCCGGUGGUGAUCAGCCGUAAUGACAAGGAGAAGGUUCUCAUCGAGGGAUCCAUCAACUCCGUCAGAGUCAGUAUUGCUGUCAAGCAGGCCGACGAGAUCGAGAAGAUCCUUUGCCACAAGUUUAUGCGCUUCAUGAUGAUGAGAGCAGAGAACUUCUUCAUUCUGCGGAGGAAGCCAGUAGAGGGAUAUGAUAUUAGCUUCUUGAUUACCAACUUCCACACGGAGCAGAUGUACAAACACAAGUUGGUGGACUUUGUCAUCCACUUCAUGGAGGAGAUCGACAAGGAGAUCAGUGAGAUGAAACUUUCGGUUAAUGCCAGGGCCCGUAUCGUUGCCGAAGAAUUCCUCAAGAAUUUCUGAUGGAAGUGUUGGUGUUUCCCCCCGUGCCACCCUGGGAAUGUUCCAAGGGCCACUCAGCACAAGAGUGGAGAGUUAAAGGAGUAAGCAGCCGACCCGAGAGGAGAGGAACGUGACCAAUCUGGCUUUGAUGCCCUUUAUUUACCCUUUACACCCGAGUGUCUUCCUGUACUCAUGAAUAUCAAUGACUGUACAUAAUGAAAUAUUUACAGUUUCAUUUUCAGCCACUUAGAACAAAUCCCCAAACAAAGGCGGGUCCUUAAAGUAUUAAUCAAGUUGAUAACCAUGAGUACAGGAGCGCUGAGGCUGUGCUGUUCCAAAUAAAACUCAGAAGAAUUUUGUAUUUUCUUUGUCUGUGUGUUCUGUCGCUGUCGUUUUAAAUUUGUCUCCAAAUUUUCUCUGUUCAGGACAUACUUGUUUGUGGAAGUGUUAAGUCACACGUAGAAAGAGCUCACUGUAAAGAAACUGCCAUCAGUCAUGCAAGAAGAUACGGAAAUAUAAUAAUAAAACUCAGUUGUUUAUA